UUCUCUCCUUCCACUUAAGUAGUGUGUGAAACUGGGGUAAAACAUUCUAACCUGACUCCUUACAAAUAGCUAAUUUAUAUGAGGUUGACAUGGAGAGAAGAGUUUUGGCUCUGAGGAACAAGAUCAAAGAUCAUUGUCCCAAAAAGGAAAAUCUGGACCUUCCAAAGUGGAUGCGACAGGAGACUCUCAUGGGGCUCAGCAAGCACGCAGACAGAGAGACUGACGGAAGCUUUGACACCAACGAAAUGUUGCUUGACAUCGAGAAGCAGUUCAUGGAGGCAGCAAAGAGGGACGAUGUGAAGACCAUGAAGUAUCUUGCAAAAAGUGUGAAUGUUAACGCAAAGAAUGUGCACAACAGGACAGCCCUUCACUACGCAGUAGCUGGCAAAAACAAGGAUGCAACACAGUUCCUUCUGCAGCGCAGGGUCAAAGUGGAUCAAAAGGACAAAUUUGGUAUGGCCGCCAUUCAUCUAGCUGCCUGGUUCGGCAGUUUGGAGAUGCUGAAGCUAUUGGUCCAGGCUGGAGCUGAACAGAAAGUUGAAAAUGAGGAAGGACUGAACAUCAUGCACUGUGCUGCCAUCAACAACCACACUGAUAUUGUGGAGUAUAUUAUCAACGAUAUGCAAAUGAAAGAAUUAGACAAGGAUGAUCAGUCAGGAAAUCAUCCAUUUGCACUGGCAGCAGAACAUGGAAGCCUAGAAAUGCUAAAAAUACUGAUGGAGCCAUACAGCAUGGCCACAAUGAAGCCCAAUAAGAGAGGGGACACGCCCCUGCACUUAGCUGCCAGGAACGGCCACUUGGACGCCAUCCAACUGUUGCUGCAGAGCUUUGAUACUCGGGAUGAAGUCAAUGUUGAUGGUGAGACGGCUCUGUACCAGGCUGCAGAUACCGGUCAGGAAGAUUGCAUCCUGGCCCUGCUUGAGGCUGGCUGUGACCCCAACAUCCUCACAGUGGCCAAAUGCAGUGCUCUCCACCCGGUCUCAGAAAAAGGAGACUUGUCUUUGGUCCAACUCCUCUUAGAGUUCAACGCCCAUACAGAUGUUCAAAACCAGCAGCUGGAGGCGCCACUCCACCUGGCAGUGAAGAACAGUCACAUCCCUGUAAUCCAUUCUUUAAUAGUGGCAGGCUGCAACGUUAACAUAGCUGACAAGGUAUGAUAACACAGCAGAAUAACGACAGGGGCUCACAGACAUUAAACAACCAAAUUACACUUUCCACACUGAUCAACAAACCCACUUCUUACUUUCUUUGGGCAUUAGCAAAAAUAGAAGAUAAAAAAAAAUGGAAGGGGAUAGAUUGAAGUUUGGAAGAUAAAAUAAAAGAGCUUGAUGGAAGGAAUAAAGUUAAGAAGGAAAGAAAGAGGAGAAACAGAAAACAGAAUUUGUAAAU